CCACUAUGAAAAUUGCGUCGGACUUUUUGAGUGUAACACACUAUCAGCCUGCUAUGUCGGCGCUGAAAUCUGUUUCUUCAUUAUCAGAGUAGUCUGUAGUUUUUGUCAAAUGGGUCGUUUAUUUAGAUUAAGUGCCGGGAAUGUGUUAAUUUUCAGGUGCCGUGUUGACGAAAAGUAGAUAAUCCAUCGCUGCGUCCUUUUUUUAAAGUUACACGUCCGAGCCAUGGCGUCUCUGUCAGAGGAGGUGCUCCUGGUGCUAAAAAAGGUUCGCCAGAAGAAACAGGAUGGCACACUUUAUCUGAUGGCUGAACGCAUAGCCUGGGGUCCAGAGGGCAAGGACCGCUUCACUGUCAGCCACCUUUAUGCAGAUAUCCGCUGUCAAAAGAUCAGCCCAGAUGGCAAAGCCAAAGUUCAGCUCCAGUUGGUCCUUCACUCGGGCGAGAGUACCACAUUCCACUUUUCAAACGAUAGCACCGCACGGAAAGACCGGGAGGCGGCAAAGGAACUGCUGCAGCAGCUUCUACCCAAAUUUAAGAAAAAAGCUAACAAGGAACUAGAGGAGAAAAACCGGAUGCUUCAAGAAGAUCCAGUGCUUUUUCAGCUGUAUAAAGAUUUAGUGGUGAGCCAAGUGAUCAGUGCUGAGGAAUUCUGGGCUAACCGAUUAGGAGGCCUAAACAACACAGACCCCGCUGUAUGCAACAGUAAACAGGAAGUUGGCAUUUCUGGAGCAUUUUUGGCAGACAUCAGGCCUCAGACAGACGGCUGCAACGGCUUGAGAUAUAAUCUCACAGCUGACAUCAUUGAAUCCAUCUUCAGAACCUAUCCUGCUGUGAAACAGAAGUAUUGCGAGAACGUGCCUCAUAACUUGACAGAGAAGGAGUUCUGGACCCGCUUCUUCCAGUCGCAGUACUUCCACCGAGAUCGCAUCAACACUGGGACGCAGGACAUUUUCACGGAGUGUGCCAAGCAGGACGAAAAGGGGUUAAAGUCAAUGGUGGUGCAAGGAGUUAAGAACCCCCUGGUUGACCUACAGUCAUUAGAAGAUAAAUCAUUGGAUGAGGGUUAUGGUUUCAGCACACCACUGCCCUCCACUUCUAACUGUAACAGAUCCGUGAAAGAGAGCAGCAACUACGCCAUCAUUAAGCGCUUUAACCAUCACAGCGCCAUGGUGCUGGCGGCAGGCUCACGUAAAGGAGAGACUGACCAAGGUAGUGAGACAAGCAGCACUGAUGGAAACUCACGAGACUCUGACCUCUUUCAGCCACCCAUCAAGAAGGUGAAACUACAAGAAGCCAUAGAGUAUGAAGAUUUGCAAAGGGAAGACGGACCAAAAACGGUUGCAUUGAACCUAAAAAAGUCAGACAGGUAUGCUCAUGGUCCUGUGCCUCUUCAGUCCCAAAAGUACACAACGAGCCAAGACAUCAUCAACUCUGUCAACCACGUUCGACAUGAGAUGACCAACUACACACCCAACCUCACUCAGGUGUUGACCAGCGCAGCAGCAACUACGGCCAUUGCAGCGCUUUCUCCUGGUGGCGUCCUAAUGCAGACGGGAGUGCAUCAAACCAUUAAUCAGAUGGUUCCGUCUGACUUCCAAGGGGAGUUAAAGCAUCUUUACUCGGCUGCAGGAGAGUUGUUAAGACAUUUUUGGUCCUGUUUCCCCGUAAACUCCCCAUUUCUGGAGGAUAAGUUGACUAAAAUGAAGUCUAACCUUGAGCGAUUUCAGACCACAAAACUUUGUCCUUUUCAAGACAAGAUUCAGCGUCAAUACUUGAAUAAAAACCUCACGGCACACUUGGAGCAGAUGUUGCAGGCGGCAUACAGCAAGUUCCACAUCUGGCAAACGCGUCGCAUGAUGAGAAAAACCUGAGGCUCGCUGGUUUAUCGAGGAGAGGACCGUGAAGAAAGGGGAUAAUGUGUCCUAUGGAGGCGUUCGCCCGCGCGCUGAGACCGCAGAUCACAGCCAAGAUGGGUUCAUAGAGGCUCACGUGAAGACAUUGUUUGAGAGAGAGAGACAUAUGACGUUUUAGUCACAAAAAACUUGUUCAUUAUUGUUUUGUGUUCUUUUCACAUAUAAGAGAUUGGUCACAAUUUCAUUAGGUACAAAAUGAGCAAAUGUCUCACUAAAAUCAUGACUGCUCUCAGGAUGACAAGCAGAGGACUGCCAUCUGUGCAGAGAACUCGGACAAACAGGGAGCUCCUAAAGCAGCAUAGGACAAUUAUUGGAAGUAUUCCAGACUUAGUGGAACUAGCAAUAUUCUAAAAACGUGUGGCACUGGAGCAUAUUGGUCUUUGGGGAAGUGUGAGGCACAGCUCACCUUGUCGCUAUUUGGUUCUGUCUGCACUGUAUACACACAUGAUUCUCUGGAUUAAAGAGGUUAAAUGUU